CCUUACCAUAAUUGCAUCACAAGAUGCCCCUUCCCAUCAAGGACACGGUAACGCGUCUAGCAGCUAUCUCCAAGCUCCUAGUCCUAUCCUACAUACUCGACUGGAUAUUCAUCAUCGGCAUCGCUCUAAUCGGCUACGGCUUCUACAAACAAUCCCCAAACCACCACCCCUUCAGCCUAACCGACCCAACAAUCAGCUACCCCCUCACCAAAGAAACCGUAACAACAACAACCCUGGUCCUAGUCUGCCUCUUCGCCCCAGCAAUAAUAAUCCUCCUCCUCGCAUGGCUACUCGUCCCAGCAAAAGCCACCACCCCCUCUAACCCCACACCAAAACCCCCCGCCGCGCAAUACAUCCGUCGCAAAUUCUGGGAAUGGAACGUCGGCUGGAUGGGCCUCGCACUGGCCAUCGCAAGCGCCUGGUCCGCGACACAGGGUCUGAAAGUGCUCAUCGGCAAACCGCGACCUGAUCUCCUGGCCCGCUGCAAUCCAGACCUCACGCGCAUUGCCGAGUUCACGGUCGGUGGGCUUGGAGAGGAGCUGCGCGGUGCGGCAACGUUGGUUUCCUGGGAGAUUUGUCGCGAUACGAGUAAAUCCUUGCGCAUUGAUGGGUUUGCUAGUUUUCCUAGUGGGCAUUCUUCUUUCUCCUUCGCCGGUCUAAUCUACCUAACUCUCUGGCUCUGCUCGAAAUUCUCCGUCGCAUUCCCUUAUCUUCCGCGCUACCCAGUCGAAGACCAAAACCACGUUGAUGAGGAGACAUCUGUGCGGAAGCGCGGUGCUGCGCCGCCCGUAUACCUAAUGCUAAUUGCGUUCGUGCCGACUGCCACAGCGUGCUUUAUUGCUGCGUCGCGCUGGUUCAAUUACAGACACCAUGGCUUUGAUAUUCUCUUCGGGUCCGCGAUCGGCAUUUUCUUCGCUUAUAUUGGGUUUAACAUGUACCAUAUCCCCAUUCGACGUGGUGCAGGCUGGGCUUGGGGUCCGCGUAAUCGGAGACGUGCUUUCCUACGGGGUGUUGGGGUUCCUAGUUCGCUAGGCACGGAUGGGUGGGCGGGUGAGAGGGGGUUGGAGGGUGAUGUUGAGAGCGCGGCUGCGGUGAGGGAGAUGGCGUUUAGGAAUCAGGGACAGGGACAGGGGCGUGUUAAGCCGGAAGGUAGUGAGGGUGACGCUGUUAGGCUGGAGGGGUGA